UAGCCCCCUCCCCCCCCCACCUAUCGUGGGACCCGCGGUGGUCGUGUUGCGUCUGAAGCUGCUGGUUGGCUCGGAUCUGAACGCCUGGUGGUCCUCGGUUCCCGAGGCGGGCUUCCAACCAGGUUUCUCGGGAUGUCGGUGGCCUUCGUUCCGGACUGGUUGAGGGGCAAGGCGGAAGUCAACCAAGAGACUAUCCAGCGGCUCCUUGAGGAGAAUGACCAGCUGAUCCGCUGUAUCGUGGAAUAUCAGAACAAGGGCCGGGCGAACGAGUGCGUCCAAUACCAGCAUGUGUUACAUAGAAAUCUCAUUUACUUGGCUACCAUCGCAGAUGCCAGCCCAACCAGUACUUUAAAAGCAAUAGAAUAAUAAUCUUCCAGUUGGCUGUUGUGAGAAGUAAUUGAAUGCAAUCCAUCUUUUACAAAACGGAGACAGAAUCUUUACCAACUCAGCUGCUUAAAACAUGAUGAAACCUCUGUGGCUCUUUUAAAAAUGUGAAAAUGUGAAGAAAGCUAUAACUUAACUGUAUUUUCAGUGUAAAUAUUUAUUUUAAUAAUUAAGUAGAUCGCUCAGUAAGUUAAACCCAAAUGUCCUCUUACCUGAAAUGGGAGCAUGUUUGGAUAGCAAAGUCAUCACUGGCAUCUUCGAGCCUGUUUUUCAUUUCAGCCUGAAGAGGAAAUUGAGUAGACAUUGGGCAAGAAUUGAUGAGACUCCCAACUGAGACCUUGCUAAAUGGACAUGUAACUGUGUUCCCCCUCCUAUCAGUGUGUAAAUGUGGUCCCCCGACUGCUCUUUUCAGGUUGCUUUGAAAAUAAAACUUAACUUUUCCACAAAAGCCUGA